AUGGAUGAAAGCUCCCAAUUCAGAGAAAGCGUCAAAAUCGUCCCUCUAUCUUAUGCGACAUGCUCGAUUGGCAGCAACCAAGCGGACACCCUACCAAAGAAGCUCGAAGCCAUUAGUAACGCAGGAUUCAUUGCGAUAGAGCUUGCGUUCCCGGACAUUAUCGAUUACAGUUCUCAGCUGCUCGGCCACCAGAUUGAGACCAACAACUACGCCGAGCUAGUUACUGUCGCGACGGAUAUCCGCAAGCUAUGCGUGGCCAAAAAGCUUCAGGUCAUGAUGCUCCAGCCUUUUGCCAAUUUCGAAGGCUGGCCGCGGGGUUCGCAAGAAAGAAAAGAUGCUUUUGCAAGAGCGGAGAGCUGGGUUGAAAUUAUGGUUGCUUUGGAGACGGAUAUCUUGCAAGUUGGUUCAACGGACAUUCCCCUAAGCGAGCUUUCACAAGAUCCCGAGGAUUUCAUCUCAGAUCUUCAAAUCCUCUGCGAUCUACUCGCGCGCCACAAUAAACGCCUCGCUUACGAAAAUUGGUGCUGGUCCACCCACGCCCCGACGUGGGAAGACGUCUGGCAUGUCGUUGAUAAAGUUGACCGCCCUAACAUUGGCCUCUGCUUGGAUACAUUCCAGAGCGCUGGCUCCGAAUGGGGCGAUCCUACAACGUCUUCCGGACGAAUCAAGGAUGCAUCUAUUGAGGAUUGA